AUGGUGGUCGUUGUUGUCUGCGACCCUUUUUUGGCCGUUUCUCAUCGUCCCAUCACAUCAUGCCCUUGGACCAUUCCGUCUGUUCCCCCUUCCGCGGAAGGAGACCCGGUCAAUGAUGAAGCCACGGCUUGUCAUCGGACGAAUCGAGGCUUGAUGUCUUAUCCCCCUCCAAAGAGACGAAGAAAUGGAGUCCGAGGAGGGUCUCGGGAAAAGUAUAAAAGGGCACAGCUUGAGCGGGUUGAUUUUGUUCACUUCUUCUUCCUUUCUCAUCAUCAGUUCUGGACUAUCUUGAAGCUUCCAUAG